AUGACCAUGUACACCAAUAGUUUCAUAUCUCAUCACGUUUCUGAUGACGAUUAUCAUACAUUUAUUCUCUCAAAUCAUCAUGCUGCUGCUUACCAUCUCACAUCUGAUUAUCUUUACAACUCUGAAUUCCAUUUACUCAACAACACCGUCAAAUUCAAUUUGCCGCCUCCAUUUCAACAGUCUGGCUGUCAUAGAAGGAUUCUCAACUCCGCAAGUGUUAACGGCAUUUUUUGUCUUCACCAAGAAUAUCCAGUUAAUCUCAAAUAUGUAUUGUGGAAUCCUGCUACCCAGGAAUUCCUGGUCAUUCCUCGUAGCCCCGCCGAUCUUUUACGACACUCUCAAAAUAACCUCUAUCUCAGCCACGCUUUUAAUGGGUUUGGUUAUGACCAACUUAGAGAUGACUUUAAGGUUAUUCAGUAUAUAACAUUUGAUUGUGAAUGCGAGAGCUAUCGUCCUCCGAUAAUAGAAAGUUAUUUCGAGAUAUAUAGUUUAAAAAGUAAUUCAUGGAGAACCAUCGACAUGAACAAAGAUCCGUCGUCUUCUAUUUGGUGUCGUUGUGGAUUGUUUGAUACUCGCGAAGUUUAUUUGGAUGGAGCAUGUCAUUGGGUGAUUUCCGAUGGAGAGGACCUUGCUGAAAAAUCUCUCUUGUCAUUUGACCUCAGUGAUGAGGUGUUCCUUACAACACCCAUCGGGGUUCAACCUCCUUUGCCAUACAGUUAUGAAGAAUGCUUGGCGGUGUUAAAUGGAUCAAUUGCUUUAAUAUCAAAUUAUCACGAUGAUAUUAUUUUUCACAUAUAUAUUUUGGGUGAACUUGGUGUGGGUGAAUCAUGGAUCAAACUAUAUAUUUAUGGUCCCUUUUCUUCCAUUACAUGGCCCCCUGUUGGAUUUGGGAAGUCGGGAUAUAUUUUCUUUCCAAAAAAUGAUUAUGAACUGGUCUAUGUUGAUUUGAGCACUCAAAAAGUUGAGGAGGUUGGUAUUACUGGUGCAGAGUCUAGUUAUUUUCAAGUCGGUCUUUACAAGGAAAGCCUUCUCUCGAUUGGAGUAUCAAGAAUAGUGUUGUGGACUAUGUCAGGCUAUUUUGUAAACAUAAUGAAAAUCCUACCUUUGAGGGAUCACUUGACGCAGAAGGUGAGUAUGCUUCUGAUGUUGACAGUGGCUUGGAUUUUGCUAUGCCGUAUUGCCGUAUACGUGUCCUGACAGUAAACUCAGAGAAGUCUAUCGCCAGCGAAAGAAUUUUCUGUUUGAACCUGCUAACUUUGAAAUAUUAUCUGAUGUUAGUUCUUAUUAAAAACAUGACAUGCUCCCGAUGCCAGUUUCGCAUCUGAUGCUUCCAUCACAACCUAAGAGUGAAAAAUUCCUCCCCGGUCACAAUGGUAAUAUGAUGCUUCCCGGGCCUGUGCCAAAUUCUUUGCAGCCAAAAAUCAGCUUCUCAGAUAGUAAUGAUAAUAAUGCAGUUGUGAUCUCUCUGCCCCAUAUGAAGAUUGCUGCACCAAGGGAAAUUGAUCUGAACAGUGUGAUUGAAUUGUCAAUGACAUUAUUGGUUGUAUUAUCUGUGGUAUUUCUUCUGAUAUUUUGCCAAAAUCGAUCUACAAAUAAAGCAAAGAUCCAAAUCAGUGGCUCAGAUUUGAAAAGCCCACCUUCUAAGAAAAAGAGAGCUCGUAAGUCAGGAAAAAACAAUGUCAUUAUUGAAAAACAGGGUAAUCAUCUGUAUUCAGUUGAGGAGAAUAUACAAAUAUACAAGGAAGCAGAAAAUGAAGCACGGUUGCUGUAUAAUAAAGCUAACGGACGCAGGAUCGGUAAACUGAAUGUAUCUAAUAAAGAAAUCGCAAAGGGAAGUAAUGGUACCAUUGUUCUUGAGGGGAUAUAUGAAGGUCGAUCAGUUGCUAUCAAAAGUCUUGUUCUGGCUCAUCAUGACGUAGCUCAUAAAGAAAUCCAAAAUCUCAUUGCGUCUGACUUUCAUCCAAAUAUUGUUCGAUGAUACGGCGUGGAAUAUGAUCAAUAUUUUGUUUACCUUGCUCUAGAUCGUUGUGCAUGCAACUUGGAUGAUUUGAUUACUAUUUAUUCAGAUAUGUCAGAAAAUCCAGUGCUAAACAAGGAUCGAGCUUUUGAAUCUCUCAAGAAGACCCACAUAGAGGUACGGGGGGAUGAUACACUUUGUCUUUGGAAAACAAAUGGUUAUCCAUUACCUCUUUUAGUAAAGCUGAUGAGGUUAGUAGAACAACAUAUUUUAAUGAACUAUUACAGGACGCAAUAUAUAAUUGUCACAUUAUGUACGUAUUUUUUUAAACUUGUAACAGUUCUUUCUCAGACAAGGCAGAAGAAAUGUUAAUUGUCUUAAAA